AUGCCCGACUUUUCGAAGGCGAGCGAGGCCUCUGCCUGCGACGAGUGCCAGCCGCGCUGCGGAGCCACGCCCUUCGAGCCGCGUCCCAACGUGUCGCGCGCCGGCGACGGUUGCGGCGAGAGGGUGGAGGACGACUGCGACCGCGACUUCUUCAUGACGCCAGAGGAGGCCAAGGACUACGGAAUUAUCGACGAGGUGCUCGUCUCAAAGGUUCGCAUCCCCAGCGUCGCGCGGCCCGAGUUGAUGUGCGGCUUGGGCGCCGGUCGCGCAGCGCCCGGCGCCCUGCGCCCCACGCGGUGUGGCGGUGGAAACGAGGAGGACCACGGAAAUAUGCCGUUUGCGGAGGCAGCAGAGGCGAUGGGCCGUGGGUCGUCGCGCGGGCGUGCGCGCUUGUAA